AUGACGCCAGAUUCCCGCCCCAGCAUCGCUGGCAUGUCAUUUCCGCCAUCGUACAGUGUUGCACUGACUGCUCCGGUGUUGAGCAUGACGGCAGAUGAGGAUGACAAGUUGCUGGAAACACAAAGUUUCGUUGAAAACGACGGCGAUAGCCUGCAGCUGGUGACUUUAGACUUCGACCCCCCGCCUUCUUACACCGAAGCUUUAAGCCUCAUUGAACAGAAAGAACAGACCCGAUCGGCCAGGGAUGUUGGCGUACAGUCGGACUACACGUCUAUGUUCCUUCCGUCUUCUAACUUAUCAGCACGUGAAUCUCACCAGUUGUUUCAGCGUUCGCGUAGCAGCUCCAGCUUGCCGCCGUUUGAGGGCACUGCUGGGCGUAAGUCCCGUUCGCUGUGUUAUCUUAGACCCGAAUCUUUUACAUAA